UGUAAUAUUAAGUCGAGAGCCAGCGCACAAUGCAGGAAGUAAAUAAUGACUUAAAUGAUUUUCAAUGCAUUGUUUAUCAGAAGGAAGGGAGAACACGGAAUAAUGAAACGUUAGCAAAUAACCAGGAGUUUCACCAAACACUGGGAAGUCAGACCGGUGUUCCUGCUGAGUACACCCGAACUUUGCAAGGAUCAGAAAAAGAACGCGAGGAACAAAAAAUGCUGGAGAAUCUGAAAUCUAACAUUCGGACAUGGAGUGUAAAAAGCGCAGAAGAGAUGAGGAAAUUUAUUGUUUCAGCCGAAGAACAGAAGAAACAGAUUCAAGACUUUCUCGAAGUGCGGAACUCAAGAAGGAAGAAUGUUGCUGAAGCAAAACUUCAGAAUGAAGCGAUAGGCUUGGAGUUGCAGACUUCACGAAGAAAUAUACAGGAAUUGGAAUCUCAAUUCGAUCAGGUUCAAAAUAUCUGCAAUGAGCUGCAGCAACAUUGCAACCCUGUGGCUGUCACACUUGAGAAUUGUGUGCAAGCUAAAGAAUGCAUUGUGCACUACUAUGAGCACAUCAGGCAACAGGUCAAGGAAGAGGAUGAACUCUUUAAGGUGCAGAAAGUCCAGUUAAAGAACACGGAAGAACGUUGGAGACAGCAAGUUCUAGAAGAGGUGGAAGAGAGAAAGAAGGACAAAAUAUUAGCAGAGAAGGUGAAAAUGGAAAUGGACCAGAAGAUAGAAGAUGUAUCAGCCAAGAUAAUUGCAUUACAACAGAAGAAUACGGCAUUGGAAAAUACAAUUAUACAGAAAACUGCCAAGAGGCAGAAUUUAGUGUCCAAAAUGAUGCAGGAGCUCCAAGAGCUAAAUGAGAAGGCAAGCAAAGCACAAAAGAAGAAUGAAGAGCUAACAGCAGCCAGAGAGGCACAGAAGAGCCACAUCACAGACUUGGAGAGUUCACUGCAGAAUGCAGCCAAUGACAGAGAUUCCUUGAUGAAUAAGGUGUUGCAUCUCCAACAAGCAAUUGAUGAGGCAAGAAAGAGAAAGCAGGCUUUGUCUGAAGGGUUGGAACAGACAAAGGCCAGAUCAAUGGCUCUGGAAGUUGCAAACAGUGAGCUGGACUCUGUGCUAGAGCAGAAAAGAAAUGUCAAAUUAGGCCUUACAAGCCAGCUUGAACAGUGUGAGAUUGAGAUGAAGGAUAUGAAUGGAAUCCUCGGUGAAAUUCAGGAUGCCUGUGACAAAAAACAAGAGGACAUCAAGAGACUGCAGGAGCAACUACAGACAAAACAGUUGGAGCAGGAAGCCCUCACCUCCGAGUAUAGGACAGAGAUAACACAGAUGAUGAUCAAGAUUGAAUUAGAGAAGAAGACAUCGUAUGAUAUGGGUUCAGAACUGCAGAGAGAGGAGCAGCUUGCUAAUGUGCUGCUUGACAGAUUGAAGGAGGUCAGAGCUUCCAACAGCAGCAUGGAACAACAGUGCCAAAUGUUGGAAGAGGACAUUGCCAAAACCAGUACCAGAGCUGAGGAACUGCAGGUUCUAGCAAAUGAAGAAGUUGAGCGUGAAGAGAAGGUAGUGGAGGAUCUUAAAGGAGUGGAGAUAUCUCUACUUGAUCUGCAGAAUUAUCUUGCUGAAAGCAACAGGAAACACGAGGAGUUCAUCUUGAAAGUCACCAGAGAAAAAUGCGAAGCAGAUGAGGAACUAAAGAGUGCUCAGCAUGGGCUGCAAAAUAGCAUUGCCAGUCAUGAAUGUAUGGUUCAGGAGACGAUGAUGCUGGUGAAUGAGAGUAGACAGAGUUAUGCACAGCAUAUUGAGAUGAAGGAGGCUGCACUGAUGGCCUGUAGGAACGAGUUUCACAGUCUUACCCAGCAGGUGGAAACAGCUUCUGCAGAAAAGGAUACACUUGAAGCUAAGAUGAAAGAUAUGCUGAAGAUGCUUGAGGUUACAGUGAAUGAGCUGGAGGAGAAGUUGUUAAAGAAGAGGGCAGAGCAACGGCCACAGGCAGCCAGCACACCUAUCAGUAUGGUGCUUCCUCAGCCAGAACAGGUCUCUUCUGCAGGUGACCAGCAGUUUCCACGUGGUAUACUCAAGGCACCAGUACCCGAAUCACUAGUCAGCAGCAAACAAGUUCAGUUCUUUGGACUGAGCAGUGACAGCGAGAUUAGUCUGUUGGAUGAACCUGCCCUUCCCAGUACACAUGCAAAAACAGCAACUGUAAAAGAACCUUCUUCAGAAGAUGAUUUCAUGUCAAACACACAGAAGAGCCAGUCAGCGCAACUUAUUGACAAUCCAAAACGCAUCGCCAAGGAAACGCAACCCAGAAAGUUUUUCAAGUCCAGAUCUCAGCCCAUUAGGAAUACCGGAAUCCAAGUAGUACAAGGCAGCCCUGCUACCUCCAAUAUGGGCUUUGAUGACUAGGAGCAGUAAGUGCCUCAGCACACUUCAUCACACUCAACAUAAAUGAAAGCUCUUUGAAGAUUUAAUACUCUCCAUUUCAAGACACCAGACUUCAGAACUAUGCAGUUAUGUAAUGAGUCCAACCACACAAAAAAAAUGUGUAUGCAUUAACAGAUGAUACAUGUUACAAGAGUUACUUUCUUCAUAUGUAAUGUGAAUAUCAGUUGGCAGUAAUUACUAUGUUUCUGUAUUCAACUUUCUAUAAAAAAAUUUUAUGAUGUGUCAUAAUUCACCAACUCAGAAUUCUAAAUGUUUUUAAGGAAGAUAGUUUUUUAAUGUGUUAGUUAAGGAAUCUUGUUCAUAUGUAGUUCACUUAAGUCAGAAUAGGAAUUAAAUGUUCUAUAACUUUCAUAUUAUUAUAUAAUUAAAGUGUUUUUGUUGUUUCAAUUUUGUGAUCUUUAUAAGGAAAGAAACGUUCAUGUUUCUUUUCAUACAAGUUAAUGCUUUAUUCUCAUAAGUUAUUGUGGUAACUUAAUGUAAUGUUAAAAUUUUAUUCACAGUAAAAGUACUAAUUGCUGCUCAAAGUUAAUUUCCCUUUCCCCAUAUUAGUAUGGCGAAAUGUGUGAAUUUCAUCUUCCAUAAUUUCUAUCACAGAAGUUGUCAUUUCUUGUUUAUGUGAAUUCUUUUUUGUCCUUUCAGACAUUAACUUAUGUAUGAGUUGGGAUCUUGAAGGGAUUGGUAACCUUUCUCCAGAACUAAGGAACGCAGUCUGAACAGAAUGGCAAGGAUUAUGAUAUGGAGCCAUUCUCAUUGUUUUUAAUGAUAGGUUGACAUUUCUAAAUGCAGAAUUAAACAAUAAAUAGCUCAUACAGUGCCCAUUUUUAUAUAUGCAGGUGCAUCUGAUUAAACAGAGAGGUUAGAUAUUAAAACAGCUAUAAUUUCAUAUAUAUUCAGUUUGUGAAACAUUUAAUAGAAAUAGUUUAAAUUUUUCUCUUUUCAAUUAUUUUCAGAAAAUGAUGAUGUGAACAUAAUAUUCGUUUCAUUGUGCAUUAAAGAAGAAUUGGCUGACAUUGGAAUCCCUGAUUUGUCCUUUAUUUAUAGAACAUCAAGAACAGUUAAGACAUCAUAGGCAUCAGGAGAUUCCAUAUGAAAGACAGGCACACGAGGGAGUUGAAUAUUGUUAUGACACCUAGUUACGAAAGGACUGUUUUCUGAAGAAUAUUUAGAAACAUUGUAAAUUCUCCUUUGAGUAGAAAUAUUUAAUAUUUUAACAAUAUAUUAUAAUUAAUUGCCUGUUAGGUAAACAUGACAUGUUUAACGGAAGUUAAUUAUUAAGUACUAAAAUGCAAAAUGAGCUUCUGUUUGCAGAGCUCUUUAUCCACUGUCAUAUCCAGAUGCGAUUAAGCUCAUUCAUCCUGUCUUUAUUUUUAUUUCCUUCCUAACAAUGAUGCAAUGCAGGAAAUUUUAGUACUAGAGUACACAAUUUUCAUUUCUGCCUAACUUCUGAACUACAUCAUUCUGUGUCUGUGUCUGUGUAACGAAUUUAGGUGUUAGGCGAAUACAAGCCGUGCAUGAGCAGCAGUAGAAUAUUAAUUAUUUUCCGUGCUAUAUAUGAAAUAAGAAAACGAAACAAGUUGUUGGCUACAUUUUAUGUAAAGGAGAGUAUAUCACAAAUUAAACCCCAUCUUAUUUUUACAAAACUUGAGUGUGUAUGACUACUUGCUUAUGCCAAAAUGUCCAUUUCCGGCUUUGGGCUAUCUUUAGUUCCUUUUGCCAUGCAAAUGCAGUGUUUGAGGUUUACCCAGUUCUUAGUAAGAAACACUUGUAUGGACAUUUCCAGCAAGUAUUAAUCUCUUAAGCUCUAAAGUCCCUUUAGAAUUCCUUUCUGUCUGGUACCCUUUACAGCGGAACAGUCAUACACCUCUUUAAACAUGACAAAUUCCAUGUCUAGCUUAAAGCUUGUGACUCCCCAAAUAUGUGCGUCUCUAACUAUCCACAUACAAAGCUCGGGGUUCUAAUCCCUUUAAAAUCUUGGCCCCUAAUAUCCACACUGGACAAAACAAUAGACUUUUGACCCAUACGGCUCAGUCGGGCUCCUCGAAUCAUUUACAUACUUCACACUACAUGUUUCUACCCCAUUUCUGUGUCAUUUUCAGAUGGUAUACACACUCAAAAUCAAUCAUCUGGGUUGUAACGCCAUAUGUUGUAAUAGAACAUGAGUACCUUAACCAUAAGCAUUGUCAAAUUGAUCAAAUAAUGUUAAAUAGUGAAAUAUACAAUUAUAAAUAUGAGAAUAUA